CCUACAAUAAAACACUUCUUCGGUAACUUGGGGGGGAAUCAAGAAGACCUAACAGAACGAAUUAAACAUGGCUGCUACCCAAAAGAUUGGUCAUGCGGUUUAUCGGGGUCCAAGUGUGAUGAAGGAGAUCUUCUAUGGGCUGACUCUUGGCCUUAUGGCAGGGGGAUUGUGGAAGAUGUACCACUGGAACGUCCAGAGGAGAACAAAGGAGUUCUAUGAUAUGCUUGAAAAAGGUGAAAUCAGUGUGGUGGUUGAGGAUGAGUAAGGCUAUAUUUCUCUUUCUUGGUUUAUAACAUUACCUCUGUUGGAAGAAAUUUGAGAUUUUUGAAGCUUUCUCAU